AUGGAGAGACAGCUGGCGGGAUUUAGGGGCUGGCAGUCUCGGGAUCCCAAACCCGGGGAGGCAGUGGGUGUGGACCAACUGCCCAUCAAGCUGCUCCGGGAGGUCCUGAGCUACCUGCCCCCAAGCACGCUGCUCCGGCAGUGCCGCCCGGUGUGCCGGCGCUGGCGAGACCUGGUGGACGCCUGGUACCUGUGGCGGAGCAUCCUGCCCUGGAAACACCCGGACCUGUGGCCCGUCAUCCGCACCUGCCUGCCCCCUGCUGACGACCCCGGGCCCUGCAUCCUGGGCCGCUUCUGCGAGUGCAGACCCAUAGGACGCAACGUCCUCUGGAACCCCAGGGUCGAAGGUGGGGAGCCCAGUAAAGGGGUCCUCAGGAUGCGGAUGGGAGGGUCUUGA